UAGCUGUAUCAAAGUGCUUUCCGGUGUCCCAGCCAGAGCGGAGCUCAGAUUGGGGAGUUGAUAGUUUUGUGCUGACGGCUAACAUUAAUAUCAUUACUAUGCAGCCAAGUCACGGCUGGGGAAACUGAGGAGACUUGGUCUGGCUAUGAGUUGCUACAUGAUUGGUCAUAUUCCUAACUUUAUUGUUAAAUGAUUAAAACCGCGUAACUUAAUUCACCUUGCCCAGACCGCCCUCCUUUGCUAGCUUAACUAGUUAACUUAGCAAACGAAUCUCUACCGGGAGUGUUAGCUAAGGCUGACUAGCUCAUUCCGCAGCUAACUUAAAAUGACGUGCAGGACACCUCAAGUGUUUCAAUGGAGCUAUCAGGAAGUACCACUAGCAACCAUACCCUGAACUCAACAGGUGGUGGUUCAUGGGAGAUCAGUGACAAGGCCAAGCUUUGUCGCUUCCUCUGCUAUGGCUCAGAGGGAGCCUUGUACAGUACCAGAGAGAAUGGUCACAUCAGCGUGGAGAAGACUGGAGCCCUGCAGUCCAUGCUGCAGGAGAAACAAGGCACUGAGGUGUUGGAGGAAAUAAAAAGGUUCGCUCAGGAUGGGCAAGCUGUCAGACUAGAGCCCUCCAUUUUUGCCUUGGCUUUGUGCUCCCAAAACCCAGAUGUGAACACCAAACAGGCAGCGUUCAAAGCCCUGAAGGAUGUUUGUCGUGAGCCUGCCCAUCUGUUUUCUUUCAUCAAGUACAAGAAGGAAUUAAAAGAGCACAUGAAAUGUGGGAUAUGGGGGCGUGCCCUGAGGAGAGCACUGUCUGACUGGUACAAUGAGCAAGAUGCCAUGAGUCUAGCUGCUGCAGUGACCAAAUGUAAGCAGAGAGAGGGCUGGUCACACCAGGAUCUGCUCAGACUCUCCCACACUAAACCAGCUAGAGAUGCUAUUGCCUUGAUCAGCAAAUAUGUAACAAAGGGGUGGAAAGAGGUCCAGGUUGCUCAUGAAAACAAAGAGAACGCCGAAGAGGUUAUCAGGGUGCUUUCAUAUCUUGAAGUGGUGGAAAAGGUAAAGCACAGUCGGGAUGAAACUGAGGUCGUCACUUUAAUAGAGGAACACAAGCUUGAGAGGGAACAGCUGCUGACCGAGCAUCUGAAGUUUAAACAGGUAUGGAGCGCUUUGUUGAAGGAAAUGCCUCUCCAUUCGGUGGUAAAGAUGUUAGGUAGGCUGACAUCUGGCAAAGUUCUUGAACCGGGAAGCUCAGAAACACAGUUUUUAUGUGACAGAAUUCAAAGUGAGACGGCACUAAAACAGGCAAAGAUCCACCCUUUCAGUAUACUUUUGGCUACAGAAAACUACAAAAAAGGCCAUGGCUAUCAGGGUAAACCGAAAUGGGAAGCAGACCGCAACAUCCUUAAAGCUAUGGACUCUGCCUUUUACAAGAGCUUUAUGAAUGUGGAGCCUGUGGGUAAAUGCUUUGUUGUGGCAGUAGAUAUGAGCGGGUCACCGAGCAGCAUUGUCCCAGGAACGUCGAUCAGCACUGCUGCUGCUGCAGCCGCUAUUGCCAUGAUUUUUGCAAGGACGGAGGCUGACACACAUGUGCUUGUCUACUCUGAAGAGGCUAUGGUACCAUUCUCUAUUUCUGCUGAUAUGACUCUCAAAGAAGCAACCGAUGAACUGGUUAAGAGCACGAGAGAAAGGGGUGCACAGCCAUCAGGUAGUGCCUUUAUGUUGCAGUUCCAGAGUGAGAGCAGAGACUGCACCGUUCCCAUUCAAUGGGCCACGGAGAACAGGAAAGCUGUAGAUGUGUUCGUCACUUUGAGCAACAACCCACUGUGGACGCUUACUGCCAGCCUGGUGGAGUCUCUGAAGAAGCACAGAGAAACAUCAGGAGCUAAUUCGAAGCUGGUGAUGUGUAACCUGACUAACAUUGGAAUUGCCAUCCCAGACACAGAAGACCGGGGUUUGCUGACCAUCUCUGGCUUCGACCUUGGAGCUUUUAGUGUCAUUCGUAAUUUGGCCCAAGAUCUGAUCUGAUAAGAUUUCUGGGACUUUUCUUGAGAAAUGUAAUGAGUGUAGAAUAUGAAGGCAAAGAGUGGACCAAUGAGGCUCAUUUAGCAUGUAGAGUGUCCCAAAACAGCACUAAUCCAAAAGAUGCUGACAAUUUCAAUUCCAGUUUUUCUUUGUUUUCUCUUGCUCACCAUUCAGUCGACAAAGUGUCCAGCAGGCUGGACAACACUUUGGAAAUGUAAAAUGCAUCUAUAUUUCGUGAAAAUUGAAUAGCAAGUGAUUAAGACAUGGUAUGUGUUAAUGUUUUUAAGAGUCUCUAUAUGAUCAGCUGUUCAGUACUUUGGUGGAUUUUGAUGGAUCGUGAUUUAAGUGGGGGAAAAAUGAACCAAUUCAACAUUUGUAGCAAGAGGUUGGCAGGUUAAGGGGAACACUGCAAGAGUCAGUCAUAGGGUGUUUGCAGAUGUAGGUUUACUUCGGGGGGAUUACCUGUAGUUUUCAACAUGCAUGCAGCAACAUGCAGUUAGCAGGUUUGAUGUAGAGAUACUUAACAUCAAUGAAAGAGAAACCUGACACAAAGCACACAAAGUCAAUGGUAAAACUUGGAGUUGCUUUUUAUUGUGUUAAUUUCACAGAUUUCUUAGAUCAGAAAAGUUUUUUCAAGUAUUAACAUCUUGGAUUCCUUUUACACAGUCUUUGCUUUAGCUUAGCCACAAAUUUUAGUUGUUCUAACAUUUGUUUGACCCUAAGCCCAGUUUAUUGUUUUAAAGCUGAGUUUUCUGUUUUCUUCUCGUGAGGUUAUACUUUAAAAGAAAUGUGGUGACACUUUUUAUAAAGUAAAUUUGGAUUCAGUUUUAACAACACACUAAUGCCAAUGUUUGGGGGUUUUUUUGUUUUUUUUUUGAAAAGUUUGUGUUUCAGUCUGAAUUCUAUGCAUCAGAAUUUACAUUUUACUGUAAUAAAGUAUCUGGAAAGGACCAAUCAUAGCUCUCUGAUACCCGUUACCUUAUCUUUAAUGUGACAUUGUUCGUUCUGAAAACUGCUACCUUUCCAGAAAACUUGAUAUGAAUGAAUUAUUGUGAAAAUUAUUUGAAUGUACUUUUAUAAAACCUGUAAUGGUCAAUUUAAAAAACGUUUUAUAUUUCUCCAGACACAGAAUAAACGUGCACAGCUUAGAGUUUUAGAGACAGGGCCUGUUAAUUUUUGAGGAAAUGUAAACAAAUGAUUACAGUGGUGCUUUUUGUUUUAGUCAACAGUAAUAAUUACUGAGAAUAUUCAGUAAGCUUUACUUAUCACGGUGUCAUUUAGUCUUCAUAGAAUUAAAAGAAAAAUACACACUGACCAUGUAACUGUGAAGGAUGUUUGUCCCAACAUGCUGAUGUUUUCAUUUUUAAUUUUAAAGCAACAUCCACAGUCUUUUUGGUCAACAUAUAAAAUAUUUAUAACAUGACUGUUGACACAGCGUUUUAGGAGAUGGACAUGAGAUUUGGUCGUUCUCAAGUGUUUCACAACCAUUCUGUUGUAUCUGUCCUGCUUAACAUGUACCUACUGUAGCGGCGAUGUAAAGCCCUUCCUAAUAAACAACUUGCUGCUCUGGAAA